AAUCCAACUGGACCAAUCAAGAGCGCACGUUCUGCCGGUACGAACCAUCGUGUCAUCGGUAACCAAUCAAACGCUUCUUACUUCGCUGUCCAAUGCGGUUGGAGUUCCGACACCUUAUAAACCGAUGACUAGUGACAACCAUCUGGUUGGGUUCUCAAUCGGGCAGUGAGAUGACCACCCAUAAACUGAUGCAUUUUUCGUAUCUGCUUCUUAUGCUGAUGGGUCUACUCAGGUCUACUGAGUUUUGCGAACCUAUCCCAGCCGAGAAUCAAUUCCGANACCUGGGUGGACUACGGUGGGAAAUGCAGCAUCUAAGCGCAGAACUCAACACUAAUUGGCAGAUGGGAGUAGAGAUGGGGUUCUGUGCAAAGCAAUGUAAAUCACAGCCGAAUUGCUUUGGCUUCAAUUGGUGGAAUCCCGGAAAUGCCUGUCAGUUGGACAAUACUGGAGGUUCGUAUAUAUUGAGCUCCUCUUCGGUUGAGCUGUACGAGAUGAAAUGUUGCGGUAAGUCAGCAAUCCAUAUUUGUGAGGGCGUCUAAUGCUAUCCGUUCAUUUGCAGCCCCAUGUAUAUAGAAUUUAGGGCGUU